AUGACGAGCAGUAAAAAUCAACGCAUUUUUACCAAUUUUUUUCCAGCUGUAAACGAACCCACGAUCGACUACGGCUUCCAAAGGUUACAGAAACUCGUUCCGCGGCAUCCGGGUGACCCCGAGAAGCUUCCCAAGGAAAUAGUAUUGAAACGGGCGGCGGAUCUAGCAGAAGCCAUUUAUAGUAUGCCCAAGGGCGGAAACAUGGGGAUCACGGGGGCACCCAGAAGUCCCGGUUCGGUACACGCUCCUGCACCUCCUACAUCCAGCUCGGCAACCUUUAAUUCGUAUACAGGGCAACUCGCGGUGACGGUACAGGAAAACGGUAGCGCGGCGAAAUGGACAGACGACGGUAGUUCCGUGACGACAGGAGCUGCCGCCGAUGGAGGAGGUGGCGGCGGCGGCGGCGGUGGCAGCGGUAGCAGCGUCGGGGCCAAUGUUGGGAGCACCGAUGCCUACAGACAGAGCAGCAGUGCCAGUCCACGUGGCGUCGUAACCGGCGGUGGUUAUUGCGGUAGUUCGGCCAGCACACCACACAGUCACAGUACCAAUGGAAGUUACUCCGUCGCCAAUCCGUACACCGGCAGCCCGACUCUCUACACGUCGCGACUAGGAGAAGUGGUUGGAUCACCUUUCAACAUGAAUCCGUUUAUGUUGCCCACAUGCAACCAGGGAUAUUCAGCCGCUGCCAGUCCGCUGCUUUCGUCAAACGGCAAAUAGUGUUACGAGAUGUAAACUCCAACGAAAAUGUUAUAAACGAUGGCAAUCUUCGCAAAAACAUUGUACGCGAGCUAAUGAUUUAAUUCGUGCAAUCGCGUGUAGAUAAAUUAUCUACGUAAUUUUCGCAUCGACUCUCGUACAUUGUCUUUGCGAAUUCGAAUUAUACACUUGUGUGCGAUUUUUAUUCUUUCUUUUACUUCUUCUGUGAUAAAAAAAAGAAAAA